UGAGUGCGCGUUGGCUGACCCCUCGUGCUUUUGUUUACGUUGUUCAAGAAGUGAGUCUUUGACACCUGGGAAGAACGAGUGGAAAAAAAAGUUGAAGAAUUUCCGAAGAUGAUGUGUUCAUCGAAGAAGUGACCACCAAAUUCGUGUCCGACAAAUAUGAGCGGUGAAGGAGAAAAUCAUCAUCAUUAGUCGCUGAAACAACCAAAGAAGCCAAAAAGAAGAAAAUAACAGAGGAAAACAAAGUAUAGUGCGACCACAGAGUGCACUUUAGAGUGCAGUAGUUUCAAUAACGGUCGAAUCGUUUAAGGAAAAGUGAGUGAAGUGUGUGUGUUUGUGAGUGGUCUGCCACGUGGAGUGCGCCGAAAGUCGUUAGAGCCUACUACGAUUUGAGGAAGGAAGGUGGCGGUAGUGGCCGGCACUAAAGUGUACUAAUGCUGACUUCACCUGAUCGUGGUGAUUGUUUUGUGAUUGAAGGAUAAUUAGCCGGGGAUUUGCUGGCAGAAGCGAGAAUAUCUGAAGAAAGCGAUCCCGCAAACCCCCCCAAACCUUCAACGAUGCGCAGUGAACCGCCAGCCGACCUCCCACCGCAACGCCCAUAACACCCCGUAACGCACGCACGCAAUGGAAACCAUCAAAACGCUCCUGCUGCAGUCGACCCCCUCCGCCGGGGGUGUCCCCCCACCACCACCAUCGUCUAGCAGCAGCUGCAGUCCCAACAAUGACGACCUGCUCUUCAGCGAGCCCGACUUUAUUACGCCCCUCCCCAAAACGAAGCAACCGCCGGUCAUCGUGGGGGUCGCCGUCAAGCGGACCCUGCUCCGCGGGGAGGUCCCACCGCCGCCAGCUAGCCAGAUCGAUAUCCUGGAGCAGUGGCACAGCGACAUCUUCGACUACCCGAAGAAGGACGGGAACGACUGCAACAACAACAAUGGCGAGGUUGUUGGGGUAGAUAACGAUGGGGUUGAUUUGAUUGAUUUCAGCACGGAGAUUGAGGCGAGUCCGGUGCAGAACGUGCCGAAGCCGAAAGUGAAAAAGGUAACGUUCUUGCUGGAGGAGGAGGAGGAUGAUGGGGAUGGGGAGGAGGAGGAGGAGGAGGAGGAGGACGAAUGUGUAACAAAAGAAGGUGAAUGGGAUGUAAGUGAUACCGUUGAGGUGUGGGAGGAGGAGGAGGAGGAGGUCGGGAGACCUGCUGGUAAUGAAAUAUCAACAGAGACUAUGCAAACAGAUGACAUUGUUUCUAUCGGUGACGACGAAGACGUGGGGAAGGACUCGGUCCAGCGCGCAUGCUCGACUCUCGAUGACGGUAGUCGCGACUGCCAGCAUCUUGCUGCGAGAGGAGGCUGGGAUGAUGUGCCAAAAUCAGUGGUCGACCCCCGCGCCAGCGGGGACAGGUCUGCCGUAUCGACGGCCAGUUCCAGCACCAACACACUGACGGAGCUGCUGGUGCUGGUGAAUUCCGAUACAGCACCACGACGGAACGGAGAGAGGAAAAUCGACGAACUGGAGAGAAGUGCAAGCAGGCAGAACGCAUGUGCAGAAGCUGGCAACGCUGGCAGCAGGAGAAAGAGGUUGGCCAGUGAAUCGAUCGAUGCCACCGUGAACGGAAAGGACCCGUUGUCGUUGCUGCUUGUUGACAUCGGUGAGGAGGACGCUGGCAGCACUGGCGCCGUGACCCGAACUCCCAAACCCGAAGCGGAGCGGAGAAUCGACGAAACGGCUCACGGCCAGCACAGUCCGCGACCGUGCGCCAAACAAGUAGAAAAUGUUGUAACGGCAGCACCUCCGAGCAGGUCCGUGGAACAACAGCUGGAACAACUUGAACAACGGCAGCACGAAUCGCUCCAGUUGUGUGAAAAAUCGAUCCAAGUGCCGUCGCCAUCCCGUCGUCCGGAACAACCUCGCGGAAGCGCCCCAGCGACCUCGUCGGACAGUGAGAGUGAAAACUAUUAUGGCACCUGUUCUCCGUCGCCACCGCCCCCGGUAGUGCCCCCCAGCCAGGGUGGGAUUCCGCCACCGACCCAGUCGUACGGGCUGAACGUGGAAGUGACCCUCAACGCGCACAUCAGUGUGCAUGGAUUAAGUGAGUUUGGAUUUUUCGCGGCGGAACGCGGCGCUGAAGACCCGUCCGGUGGAGGUCAGACGGAGAAGGUUCUGCGGGACAGUGCCACCAAUACUGGGGGGAACAACAACGUGACUCCGUCGAGUGCGGACAGUGGAAUUAUUAUUAUCGACGAUGACGGCGAUGAGUGUGGUGUUCAGGAAGCUCCGGAAUCGCAGGAAGUGGUGGUGAUUGAAGAUUGCUUCGAGCGGAAGCAGCAGCUCGAGUGUCGGGACCAGGAUACCCAGACGUUGAACGGAAGUUUUCCUCAGAAGAAUACCAGUGAAAUCAGUGUGCAAGUGUGUGCAAAUGGCGAUUCUGACCUACGACUCGACGAUUCUAGUGUGAGUGAGUCGGAAAUAGACGAACGGAAGGAUCUGCGCUUCCUGACCAAGAACACGGACCAGUAUCUGCGACCUCCACUGAACUUUCUCAGCGAGAAGCACGAGUGUUUUGAGGCCAGCAAUCGGCUGAAACGCCUCGAAGAACGGUUCCGCGGAUUUGCCUACACGAAAAAGCUAUUACGUGAAUCCGCUGCCAACAAUUCCAACGGUGGGGGGCAGAACCUUUCGUCCUCGCUGAGCUCCCUGUCGACGUUGCUGGCAGAUUGUACCACCAACACAAGCGCAGCAUCCCAAAAACAGCCAGCAUCGUCAUCGUCAUCGACGGCCAUCGAUGCUGUUAGCUCCCAAACUGACAGCACCUUCGUGCCAUCGUGGAAAACAUCCUCGCUCAGCUGCCUCCAAAGUAGUCCCGACAACGAUGUCCGUCUGAAUCACGUGGUUCCCAAGCCAGCGCCAGUUCUACCACCGUUGACAUCCUCCCUGCUCUCCCUGUCCGCGUCCUCUCUGCUCUCUCUCUCCUGCCUUGACCAACAACGUCAACAGCAGAAGCCCCAGCAGGACGACUGCUCCCAAACAACCCAAAACAAUAAACCCAACACCCCCCGUAACCACCUUUCCAAAGCAUCCUCCCUACCCUCGCUCCUCCCCCAGUACCUCUUCCCAGCACCCCCAACCCGAACCCCACCAAAACCACCCCAACUCCCAGAACAAGUUCCGGAAGAAGACCCCCCAAAACCCUUCCGACCACCCCUCGCCACCCCGGAAUCGAGUGUAGCCUCCGAGGAGAUCUGCACCAUCUUCCCCGGUGGAAAACCUCGCGUCCAAGACCCCCUAGAAGUGCUCGAACCCACGACCACCCAACUAUCCGAAGACUCCGAAGAAGAGGAAGAAGACCCCGACUGUGAAGAAUUCCUCAACCUCGAGAAGCUCCUCGCGGCGGAUCCGCACACCAACUGCGAGUUCGACACGCGCCAUUUUGCCCAGUACGAACCGCAGGUCUACCAGAUCAAGUACUGCUAUGACGAGCUCGAGGAGGAGCUAGAGGGCGAGUCGGCGACGAGCGUCGGCGGGCUGCUGAUCGGUCCGCCCGAAAGUGUCAGUGUUCUGAGUGCAACGAAUCGUGAAGAAAACGAAGAAGACGGGUGCGCGUGUGUGAUCGAGGCCGUACCGAUCUAUCGUACGUUACCGCUGGUCGAGAUGCGCGAAACGACGGGGACCCUGCGGGGUCUGCUGAAGAAGCCAAAUAGGCCCCCACCGGUGCGGAAGAACCGGGUAGUGUUUGACGAGACGCGCAACGAGUUCUUCGAGGCGGACUACAUCAUCCUGAUCCGGGAGGAUUGCCCGUACGACGAGGAGGACGAGGAACCGUGCACCUGCGGCGAACACGAGCUCGUUCGAAUAUGUUGUGACGAAGGCUGCAACUGCGGGUACACGACGGCGGCACCGGCGGACGACGGGCGGACGCCACCGAGUCCCAAGUUUGCCCCGCCCAUGGAGUUUGUCGACCAGGCCACUCUGAGUCCCCCCGAGGGGUACAAGGACGGCAGUGGGCUGCUGGACAACGCGCUCGGGGGCGCCCUCGGCGGGCACGUCUUCGGUGCACAACAUAUUCAGCAGCUCCAAGUUAUCCAGCGGCUACAGCAGCAACGGGCGGCCAUGUUGGCCGCACGGGCUGCUGCUGGCCAGCAGGGACAACAAACGGGCAGCACACAGACCUCGUCCGGCGGCGGCGGAACCGGGGCAAGUCCCGCGGCGACAGCGGCAGCAACAGGCCAACCAGCGGCGGCGGCGGCCACGACGACGACGAUUCAGCAGCAACCUCAGACAAGUCCUCAGCAGCAGACCGUUUGUACCGAAUGUGCCGAGUGUGCGGAAUGUGCCGCCAAGCAGUUGCACGAUGAAGAGUGCGACUCGCAAUGUUCGGACGACAUUUCGCCGAUGAUGGAACCGCCGCUGCCCCCGCACGCCACCCUGCCGAUCGCGCUGGUUCCGCUGCAAAAGUCCUCGCCGGAGCGGCGGAUCACCCAGAAGGAGAUUAUCGCCGGCGAGGAGCGGCCCAAGUUCCUCACCAUCAAGCAGGUCCAGGACGCGGCCCAAGGUGACGAUGAUGAUGAUGAUGAUGAGGAACGGUCCUCUUCCGGGGCCGGUGCCACUCCGUCCAAGGGUCAGUCCACCUCAACCACGACCAGUCAGCAACGUUACAUAGUCGAAACCAUCACGAUGACAACCGUUACGGAGCGACGGAUCGUGCAAAAAACCCAAACCGAUACCGAACCUCCUCCUCCACCCGUCAAAAAUCCUCCAAUUCCGGCGCCACGUCACGUGGCCCCAGCCUCAUCCUCCUCCUCCACCACUACAACCUCUUCUGGCAUCGUUCCAGCAGGAUCGAACGAGGCCGGCUCCACGGCGGUCCCGCCCUCCAGCAACGCGGACCUGCGAACGCUCCAGCAGCAACAACAGAAGCAGCUGGCCCAGCAGCUGCAGCGGCAACAGUCCCAGGAUGGUGGCCAACCGCCGCCAACCGGGGCGUCACCUGCCAGUGGCCAUUAUGAAAUCGGUGGAAAGCACAAGCCAUUAAGCACGGCCCAGGCGAUAAGUGGCAUCCUGAAGGGUGGCAAGCUGUGGAAGAACGAGCAGCAACCGGGCCAAAGCCAGCAACAGCAGCAGCAGAUGCAGCAACAACAACAACAGCUACAGCAACAGCAGCAGCACAAUCAACAGCAGCAGUCGGCGGCGCAGCACGAGGACUCCACGAACGUCACGUCGGACGAGGAAACGAGUUCGAAGCGGUCGGUCCGCUUCACCGAAGAGUCCACCAUCCGGGACGGCUGCUGCGACGGCGAGGUCCAGUCCGGGCUGGGCGAAGGCGAAAUGGGCUCCGGCAAGCCCAUCAACUACAUGUCCGACACGCUCAAGCGGCACUCCUCAGGUCUGUUCCACAACGCGCUGCGACCAAACUCGGCCGUCCGGCAGCUCUUCCCCCAGUCACUCACGUCCGCCGGAGCGGUGGCGGCCACGGUAAUGACCGCAACCACGACGAUGGCCACGAUGGGAGCGAUGCCGGGGGCGGUGUGCACGACCAGCGCCGGUGCGGCCCCGGGUGGCCAUCCGACGGCACUGACGCAGGAGGCGCUGAAGGCGUUCGACGACUCGAAGAAGGCCACGCUGGUCCACCAGCACAGCAUCACCAGCAAUAGCAGCAGCUGUAACAUUCCGGCGUGCAACUCGACGGCGAACUCGGUCACCGGAGCGGGCGGAAGUCCGGGGGGUCCUGGAGAGACGGACACCAUCCGGAGGACGAUCGAGCGGAACGCGCUGCGGCGGUCACUCAUCAAGUAUGAACCAAAGAAAAAGAUCCCCGUCAAGGACGUGACCUCGCUGGAGGAGCGAAUCCGUCAGUUGACGUGCGACAUCGACGAGCCGAUCGACGAGGGCGCCGACGGCAACGAGGGCGACCUGAGCGAGCUGGAACGGCGGGACAGCCCGGCCGGCGAGGAGAACCCCCAGCAGCCCAAGUACAUCCCGGACAAGAGCUUCUCGCCGAGUUCGUCGGCGUCGAGCUCGUCGAGCGGGUCGAACGGGUCGACGUACAAGAAGAUCACCGACCUGUUUCACCGGGACCGGCGGCAGGAGAAGAUCCCGGAGGCGGACGAGAAUCCAAUCGUGAUCAUUCCGCAGGACUGCCGUUGUCCGGCUGGUCCUGACAUUGGCAUGGGCGUACAGAUCCAGGGCGGACACACACAGAUUCAUCAGCCACCGCAGCAGCGCCAGGCCGACUCGCGGCGGCAGUUCCUCUCGACGUUGGCCCCGCUGACGGCGUGCGUCGCCGGUCAACGGGACGACCUGUCGUACUACACGUUGGCCCACCCGGGUGACCGGAACUCGCUGGGAAGUUCCCAGUGCACCGAGUACAGCCUCGGGGACAUUGACGCAGCGCUGCACGACGACGACGGCAAGAAGGUGGCGCCGGAUGUGAUUGCCGGAACGCCGGGCCAGGAGUCGGACGAGCUUGCGGCGUUUGUCCAGCAGGAGGGCGCUCGCACCGAGCGACUGAAGAAGCGGUACAGCACGGAGACGUCCACGUCGGCACCCGCCUCCGGAGCCGGGUCCGACGACGACGAGCACAACGACUACGGGUUCAACUCGCGGCCCUCGGUGCGGGGCAUCAAACCGCGGUUCGGAUCGACCAACGAAAUCCUGCAGCAGAUGCAGGCCCAACUGGCAGCGCCGGUCGCGCCACCGCCAAAAUCCUCAUCCAGCGUGGCCAACGCCCCGACCCAGCCCAUCCAGUCGAACACACUCCCGCGGCCACACACCUCCAGCAGUUUACAGCUGGCGGCGGCCAAGCAGCAAAUCACCACCCACCAGCACACGGCCUCGUGGAGUUACUACCCGGUGGACAACGGCACCGGCGGCGCCCAGUCAAAGGCCGUCGCUACCGUCGCAGCCGGCACCAACAUGGUCACCGCCGUCGACCCGCACGGCAACUACUACCACAUCCCGGCCCAGGCCCGCCACAGCUACCACGGCCAGGAGGCGAUCUACCAGAACUGUGCCCAACUCCCGGCCGGCAACAUCCAGGCCAACACGGUGCACGUGCAGUCGCAGCAGAUUCACACCCAGCACCACGCCGUCCACCACAUCCAUCCGGUGGCGGCGGCCGGCGGAGUGAUGCCCGGAAAUCCGGUCGCAGCAGCAGCGGCGGCGGCCGCGUACGGCAAGUUCGCGCGCAGUCCAACGCGAAGGCCGGAAUCGCCGCCGCCGCUGCGCAACUACCACCAGACGAUGGUGCUGAUCCCGUACAACGCCGAAACGUACCAGCGGUACACGGCCCAGGAGCAGGAGAACUACCGCCGGCAGCACAAUAUCGUUGAGUAUCAACAGGUCACCCAGCAGACGAUCCGCGUCCCCGUCGGCUAUCCGCUGCCCGGCAUGCAGCUGCACGUGGUCGCCGGCCGAGGUGCCCUUCCGCCCCACUACUCCACCCUGCCCCGGCUCGGCAGCAGCAGCAGCAGUUCCGGCACCUCCGGCAGCAUUGCGGCGGCCACCUCGGCCGCUUCAACCAACUCCGGUCCACCGCCGCUGCCUCCACCGCAGGGAAAACCACCGGCCUACAGUCAGUUCGCGUCGCAGCAACCUCCGCCCCUGCAGGAGAAACCGCCGGGCCUGGUCAAGUUCACCGGCGAGCGGGGAGCCCCCGAGGGUGCGGCCAGUGUUCAACCGGCGGAUGCCGCCAGCAUGCUUUCGCCAACCUCCGCCGGUCACGGGCCGCCUACGUUGGGCGCCGGCGCCUCUUCCGCCCAGGGUGGGGCUGGCGCCGCGCCCUCUCAACAGGGUGCGGUCUUUUACGCCAUGAACGUCUGACACGGCGAUUAGAUAAAUGUCACGAUACGAAUUGAGCAGCAGCAGCAACAAGUUGAAUCUACUAGCUUUACUACCGGUAGCGUAACAACACAAUAAUCAUAGUCAUGUAGCAUAGCUGAAGCAGCAGCAGCAUCAAGUGGCCUGGAGUAGACACCCUGUCCCGAAGAAAAAGAUCGCCGAGAGGGAGCAAGACGCCAAGUGAAACAACGACAUUGCCCCUUCCGCGUAGAGUCCACCGCUCAACUGUAGUUAUUCAACACGGCUCAAAACUUUUUCUCUCAUCUCAUCUCGGCGAGGGGUCAGCAACUGACCUUGAUCGCGCGGGAACCCAAUUGGAACUGAGCUUUCUCUAGCCCCUUUUUCUCUAGUUAUCCUAUCGUUGAAACGAAAAAGUUUAUGUUUAGUUGGCACCCUGUUCACUGUUGUAAAUACGUGCACUGUCUCUGUCUAUGUUGGUUAUUAGGUUUUAAAAAAUGGCGCAUAUUCCACGAAAGGAGGAAUGUAAAAAUAAACUAUAUUUUAUCGAAUGUAAAAAAAACAAAUUUCGGCGAAAGCAGCGUUUGAAAAAGGAGUCAAAUCCGUACUAUUCUGAAGGUAGAGAAAAAAAUUCAACGGCCUGAUCAAAGUUUUGGAAACUUUCAUACAUUUGUUGUUGCUUAAAGUGGCGUUUGUUUUGUAAAAUGUUAUUGUUUCAAAUUGAAAUUUUUGUGACAUCAUGCAAAAAAUAUUCUAGUUUUCUUAAAUUGAUCAAAUGUAAUUUAAAACAUUGUUGAGAAAUUCCGUUCGUAGUCAAUCCUUUGAAAAAAUAUUUCCUUUACUCGUAGAAAAAAGUCCUGAAAUACUGUGCUAUUCCCAGGUUUAACGCGAGCCGUGUGUGUUAGUGUCAUACUACGCCUAUUUGCAAUAUGUGCAAGGAGCGAACCGCACUAAUUCUCCUUACAAUCUUUGGAGAAAAACCCUUCGGCCCUGUAUAAAUAUUUCUGAAAAGAUCAAAGUGCACUUGAUUACGAAUUCAGAUCCGCUAAUUCGUAUGUAGUUCAAUUUGAAUUAGUGAAUCCACCCUGUAUUACAGCAAUUCCAGCCCGAAACAGGAAUCAAUGAAACUUUGUAGAAAUAUAUCCUAGGCUUAUAUGAGCCAUUUUUGUGAAUAUGAAGCACUCGAGAAUGACAUUUGAGAAGGGUGUAAGAUAUUUAAAUAUUCCUGUAUCCCGAAGCCGUAGCAUCGUAUCGAAAAGUUGUCAAAGGCAAACGUUGAGGAAAUAGGACGGGGUUUCUGAAAAAAUACACUGAAAUAAAAAAAAAAAAUAUCA